AAUUUAUUCUAUAGUUUAUUGAAUAUGAGUCAAAGCAUUGUUAUUUCUCAUAAGGAUGGUAACUGGAAUGAGAGCAAAAUUUACGAGAAUAAAUCUAAUAAAACAAAUAUUCAACUUGGAACAUACAAUCAACGUCAAAUUGCAGAACUUAGAAAGCAUCGUCACCUUAGGAAUGCGAAUAUAAAAAAUGUAAUAACUUUCUUUGGUGUGGUCAGAAAGCCAAAUGACAAGAUUUGCAUAGUUAUGGAAUAUGCAAGCAAUGAAAAUUUACAAGAUUAUCUUUCAAAAAAUUUACUUGACUGGAAACUUAAAACACGAUGGAUUGUUGAUAUUUCAAGAGGAUUACUAGCAUGUCAUGAACAUAACAUUGCGCAUUUGGACAUGAAGGCUAAGAAUAUCUUUGUUGAUCAUAAUUUGACAGUAAAAAUUGCGGACUUCGGGUUUAGCUAUAUGAAAUCUGGAUUGGAUAUUGGAUAUGAGAAUGGCGGAUCACUUCAAUGGGCCUCACCUGAAUACAUUUCUGACGAUCCAAAAAUGAAGGAAUAUUAUAAAGAUCAGCCAGAUCUCUCGGACAUUUAUAGUUUCGGAUUAGUUGCGUGGGAAAUUUUAAUGAAUGGGAAAGAACCUUAUGAUAGUAUGGAUAAUGAUGAAAUUAAAGAAGCUAAGCUUUCCAAAAACAUUAGUGGAUUGAUUGAUGAUCUUAAAGAAAGAGAUACACCGGGUGGAUUAAGAAAAGUUGUAGAAAAAUGCUGCAACUAUAAUCCUCCUGAUCGCAUAGCUUUGGAAGAAGUUGAACUUUUCUUAACAGAUUUUAAAUAA